AUCAUGUGGUCUCACAAGAUGGCGACUUCAGUGUUUGGUGUAAGGAGUGAAUCAGAGCUCAAACAGAGUGUUCACUACAUUUGACCGUCAGGAUCUGUUGGUGCGCUCACACUCGACUCAUCUGUGAUCACACGUGAAUCGUCCUGUGGUCGGUGUUGAGUUGUUGUCACUGGACUCUGUAGAGGUCAAAGUUUAGCUCGGCAACAGCUUAUUAUAUUCAACAGCUCAUCGCUUAUGCAGGAUUGUUGCAGUUGAUAUACACCAAAACAUUUUUGUCAUAUUAUCGGCGAAUCAGACAUGGAAUAAUCGUGGAGAUCAGGAUAAAAGGCCGAUUGUGUCUGUAGUUGAAAGCUUUGUCCAUCAGGAUCUUUGCAAGCAAUGGCCAUCCUUGUGUUUGAUAAUGAUGAGUACAGACCCCCUGUGUGGAAAUCCUAUUUGUACCAGCUCCAACAGGAGGCGCCACAUCCACGCAGAGUCACCUGCACAUCUGAGGUGGAGAAUCGACCCAAAUACUACGGACGAGAGUAUCAUGGGAUGAUCUCCAGAGAGGAAGCAGAUCAGCUGCUCAGUGUUUCUGAGGGGAGUUAUCUCAUCAGAGAGAGCCAGAGACAACCAGGCACAUACACCUUAGCUUUACGCUUUGGGAAUCAAACCCGAAACUUCCGUCUCUUUUACGAUGGAAAGCACUUUGUGGGGGAGAAGCGUUUUGAGUCUAUCCAUGACCUGGUGACGGACGGUCUCAUCACCUUGUACAUUGAGACCAAAGCAGCUGAAUACAUAUCUAAGAUGACCAUCAACCCCAUCUACGAGCAUGUGGGCUACACCACCCUGAACCGAGAGCCAGCACUGAAGAAAGCCCCACCCGUCUGCAGAGACACACUCGACGGCAAGGACCCACCCGGAGAAGAAACGGGCCUGGAGGAGAGGCUCACCUCGCUGGUCCGCCGAGCCACGCUGAAGGAGAGCGAGCGCGCACCCAAAUAUGAGAAAGUCCACAACUUCAAGGUGCACACCUUCAGAGGGCCACACUGGUGUGAGUACUGUGCCAACUUCAUGUGGGGACUCAUCGCUCAGGGAGUCAAAUGUGCAGAUUGUGGCUUGAAUGUUCAUAAGCAGUGCUCCAAGAUGGUGCCCAAUGACUGUAAACCAGACCUGAAACACGUGAAGAAGGUUUACAGCUGUGACCUCACUACUCUCGUCAAAGCUCAUAACACAAAACGACCCAUGGUGGUGGACAUGUGUAUACGAGAAAUCGAAGCACGAGGUCUAAAAUCCGAGGGUCUCUAUCGGAUCUCUGGAUUCAGUGAUUUAAUUGAAGAUGUGAAGUUAUCGUUUGACAGAGACGGAGAGAAAGCUGAUAUCUCUGUGAAUGUGUAUGAAGACAUCAACAUCAUCACAGGUGCUCUUAAACUUUACUUCAGGGACCUGCCCAUUCCUGUCAUCACUUAUGAUGCUUAUCAACGCUUCAUAGAGGCUGCAAAGCUAACAGAUCUAGAUGAGCGUUUGGAAGCUCUGCAUGAAGCUCUGAAGCUGCUGCCUCCGGCUCACUGCGAAACAUUACGAUAUCUAAUGGCACACUUGAAAAGGGUAACUCAGAAUGAGAAGGAUAACCUGAUGAACGCUGAGAAUCUGGGGAUCGUAUUUGGGCCAACCUUGAUGCGAGCGCCAGAUCUGGACGUCAUGACAGCUCUAAACGACAUCCGCUAUCAGAGGCAGGUGGUGGAGUUACUCAUCAAGAAUGAAGACAUCCUCUUCUAGUCUGGAAUGAAUCAUGAGACUGCAUUAUUCUUCUUUCACUCUGUCUAGACUUGAAUAUGAAGGAUUCUUUUUUUGGACCAGUACUUACUAACGUGUACUGUACCUUUUUUCUUUCCUGUCUGAUGGAUUAUGUUCCUGUAUCUUGCAUGGCUUUCUCCCCAUUUUUGUCGGGGGUCACUGAAGCUUAAGGUUGCCACUCAGUGUAGUGAUCGUGGUGUACUUCAGCAUUAUUAUUGGAUUGUUCUGACUGUGGCCAAAAGUGCUGGAGUCUGGCAGAUCGUACUUCUAUCGUUCCUUUUGCACAACAAAACAGUUGAUUUUGUUUUGUUUUUGUACAACAAUGUGAAUCUGGAUAUCAUAAAGUAAUUUUUGGAGACACUUUAUCUGAGAGUCGUAAAGAAGAAUGGUGACACAUUGUGCACACAUACUGUAUUAACAAUAACUCCUCAUAUGUUAUAAAUGAACUAUUAUUUAGACAAUCCCUGGUAUUCAUUUAUAAUGCUCUCAAAUUUGAGAGGUUUGUUAUUCAUGUAAGUACAGUAUAUGCUUUGAAUGUUUAUGGCUCUGCAGGUAACGCGUCACUAGUGAUUUUUCAAAAUGUUGUGUUGUUUUUCUUCCUACUGUCAGGUUUAUCUGGCUCUCUGCCUUUACACACCAGACCUCUUUAUGAGAGUCGAAAGAAUUAUUUCUACAGUCUUUGUACAUUUCAGAAUUCAUUAUUGUAGAUUUGCCUUUAGAAAACCCUCUUGCACUCUCAACAUGACUGGUUGAUGGUUUUGUUUCUAUGUUUUUGUAUUUGUUUUUGAGCAUGAAUACAUUAAUUUAUUAAAAUGUGCU